GUAUGGAACAGGAACCACGAUUGCCAUUGCCAGGACCUGAGGGUGUGCCCGAGGCAGUUGCCUUCUCCCAUUUUGUGCAUCGCGUUCUCUUCGGCUUGGGAGAGAUUGACGAGAAGGAACAGGUGGACAUUGUAUUGGAAUCAGAUUCCAGCUCAGCGUUGCAGUUGAUUGGUGCUGUUGAUCUUCCACGUCGUUCCCGGCACAUUGAUAUCAAGUUGACAUGGUUGAAGGAACGUGUUAGUUCCAAUGAGGUGCAACUUCGACAUCGAGCGGGAACGCAGAAUGUGGCAGAUCUUUUCACCAAGCAGGAUACUCAGGUAG